AAUAAAAUUCCUUUCCCCCGACCAGAACAUGUCCUAUUUCGCCAUCGUACGAACAGAACAAUGAUAUUUUAAAGGACUUUUAACAUUAAACACUGUUUACUUUCUUAUUAGUUUGUUUGUUUUCCUAAAAUCUCGAUCUAUUUUUUCCUAAUUUCCGAUUUCCGAAUCCACGGGUCCUUUCAAUUCUUAUCACUCUCGGCUCACUUCCUUCUCUGAAAUUCCCUGUCAUAGUCCAAGUAUUUACCCAGCAACACUCUAUUUCUCUCUCACUCUCUCUUUCUUUUUAUUUGUUGAAUUUCAGAAAUUGUCACCGUCAGUCGCUUCCGAUCGGUUCAGAUUCUGCAUGCGUAACCAACGGUGCCAUAACCAGCGCGACCGGCGAAUCUUUAUGCGCCGUGGAGAUUUGAGGGUUUCGGGGUUUUUCUGUUUCUGGAUGCGUGUUGAGUGCAGGGUAAAUGCGUGAUUCCGGGUAUUUUUUAGGGUUUCCGGGCCUGGUGCUUGUUGCUUGCCUGGUCGCCCCGGUGAUCGGGUUCAUAAUUAGGAGAAAAUGGCUGCACGCCUUGGCCAGAAAGGAGGAGAUCAAGCGGCUAUUGGUGCUGGCCGCCGAUGAGGCAGCAAGAGCCGAGCUUGAGGCGACCGCUGGCUAUGGUUUCGGUGCCGACUGUGCCGUUCCGAUGUCAACGAGUUAUUAUCAGUGCGCCGUGUGUUAUUCCCCUACCACUACCCGGUGUGCCCGGUGCAAGGCCGUCCGAUAUUGCUCUGGAAAAUGCCAGAUAAUCCACUGGCGACAAGGUCACAAGGAGGAAUGUCAUCCUCCCAAUAUCACUCAACAGAUAAAUGAAGUGGGAAGCAAGCUGACAGAUCAAGACGGCCAUGAAAUCAAUUGUGACAGUUUUGAGACUGAAGGCAGGUGUCGCCCAAACCCAAUAGAAACAUUUACUGGGGAACCUGUUUUUUCUAAGCCUGGCGGCUCUCCUGAAUCUCCACAUGAGAAGGUUGAUGAUACAAAAGCUGAGUUUCUACAAGAUAGUAAAGGAACUAAUUCUGAUUCUGAAACUUCUAGUGUGUCAUUUUCUGGAUUUUCUGCUUCAACUACCAAUGGUGAAUCUGAUGAUGUUUCUGUGGGUGAGAGCACAGAUUCAAAUGAGUCUGGGGGAUCAGAUGUACAUCUCUCUGUUGAUAAUCCCGUUGACAGGCCUGAUACCUCUUUUAUUACUAAGAACAUGAAUCAAAGCCAGCCAUUGUCUCCUAAGUUUGCUAGUUUAGUUUAUUCUGUUGAUCAUCUUACCAAAGUAAGUAACUUAAAUCAGACUAAAUCCGAUUGUAGUGAUAGAGAAAAUGAGUGCACAUCAGCCAGUUCUUUAGGUUUGGGAAGUAUUCGCUUGUGUGAGGAUUCAAAUGUUGAGCAUGGUAAAGUGUCUUCUGGUUUCUGGGGGACGACUCUCGACCCCAUUGGGUCCACAAUUGAUGCAUCUGACAAAUCUGCUCUGUCAAAUUCCCAUGGGUUCGGUGAUGCCAAAUUAUCUCAUUCUGGAUCUGUCUUACGUUUUUCAUUCAACUUGUCUGAAACUACUCCUUUACAUGAACAAGGUGCUGGGGUAAAAGGCAUUCUAGCAGAUGAUGCUCUUCCAUGUGCUUCACAGAUCACUAAGUUUGUUCAUGGAGCAGCUUCAUCAGAAAAUAUUAGUGCUGAUGCUCCAAAGGUGGUCAAACACUCUGCAUCAUUGAACCAUGGAGGAUCUGGUCGUACAGAUAAUGAAACUAGCUUUGAAGUUAAAUCUAUGCCAUCUUCCUCUUCACAUGUUCAUCUUUCUUCAAGCAUUAUUGGGAAUUCAAGAAGUACAGAUGCUUUGAAUGUCAGUAACUUGCCAUCUUUGAGAUCUGAAAGUUUGAAGCACGGUGCUGAUGACCCUGCCAGUACUUCCCAUCUCUUGAAGUCCAGAGAAGUGGGAUGUUUAUCAUCUAGUGCUCAAGGGUCUUCAGUUCCUGUGAUUAAACCUGGAAAGGUUGAUGGUGUUCACACUAGUGCUGCUGUAUCCUCUGAGGUUAGGAGUUCUUCUCCAAAUGCUAGGAGUGGCUUAAAAACAUCUGUACGGAAGGUUGUUGAUCAGUUCAGAGUAUCUAAAUUGUCGAAAGAUGUCCCAGUGGGCAAUGGGGGUGGGGUUUCUGGAAGAUACACCGACAAGGGAAUCUUUCCAUACGAACUGUUUGUCAAGCUCUAUAAUUGGAACAAGUUGGAGUUGCGUCCCUGUGGUCUUAUAAAUUGUGGGAACAGCUGUUAUGCUAAUGCUGUGCUCCAGUGCUUGGCAUUUACCCCUCCUCUAACUGCUUAUUUUCUUCAGGGGCUUCAUUCAAAAGCAUGUGUGAAGAAAGAAGGGUGUUUCACCUGUGAGUUUGAAAGUUUAAUAUUAAAGGCAAAGGAGGGGAAUUCUCCACUCUCUCCUAUUGGGAUACUUUCACAACUACAAAAUAUUGGAAGUCAGCUUGGUCAUGGGAGAGAAGAAGACGCCCAUGAAUUCCUGAGGUAUGCCAUUGAUACAAUGCAAUCUGUUUGCCUCAAGGAAGCUGGGCUAGAUGCAUCAGGCUCUCAGGAAGAAGAAACCACUCUUAUAGGCCUUGCAUUUGGAGGUUACCUCCGAUCCAAGAUUAAAUGCACGAAGUGCCAAGGCAAGUCCGAGCGGCAGGAAAGGAUGAUGGAUCUCACCGUCGAGAUAGAAGGAGAUAUAGAAACCCUGGAAGAGGCCCUUCAUCAAUUCACGGGUACUGAGGUUUUGGAUGGUGAAAACAAGUACCAAUGUAGCAGAUGCAAAUCUUAUGAGAGGGCAAAGAAGAAACUAACAAUAAUGGAGGCUCCGAAUAUCCUUACAAUUGCGCUGAAGCGCUUUCAGUCAGGUAAAUUUGGGAAGCUCAAUAAGCCAAUUCGAUAUCCUGAGAUCCUGGACUUGGCACCGUUUAUUAGUGGGACAAGUGAUAAAUCACCGAUAUAUAGGCUUUAUGGAGUGGUGGUCCAUCUGGACAUUAUGAAUGCAUCCUUUUCUGGUCAUUAUGUGUGCUAUGUUAAGAAUGUCCAAAACAAGUGGUUCAAGAUUGACGAUAGCACUGUAACGCCUGUGGAACUUGAAAGGGUCUUGACAAAAGGGGCAUACAUGCUUCUAUAUGCCAGGUGCUCACCAAGGGCUCCACGGUUAAUAAGGAAUAGAAUGACAUCUUCUGACCCCAGACAUAAGGCCAUCCCUUCCUGGAUCAAUGGGAAAAACACUAUAUCCAAACCAAGGGCUGCCCAGAUUUUUCCCGGUUCGAUUCCUCCAGACAGUUCCACCAGCUUUGGAUCUUUUUACUCGAGGUUCCUCCGGCUGCAAAGAAUACUAGAAGAGGACUCAUCAAGUGAUAAUUCUUCCCUUAUCAGCAGCAACUCCGAUGAAGGUUCCUGCAGCACUGAUAGCACCCGCGAUUCUACCAGCACCGACGAAUUAUCUGACUUCAUAUUUGGUGAUUCAGGACAGAGAUGGAACAGUCCUUCGGAUUCUGAUACUUCAUCUACUUCUUCCUCUCCCUCUCCCUCUCCCUCUCCAUGGAGUCAUUCACCCCCUUCUUAUUCGGAGCAGUCUGCCACCCAUGGGUCUCCAGCCGAGGGAAAUGUUCAGUUUUUGCAUUCGGAUACGACUAGAAAUUGUAGAAAGUUAGUGACUAGUAGUAGUAGUAGUAGCUGUAGGAAGAGCGACUCAGAGAGAUUAGGAUCUAACCCAUUCCACGAUGUAAACUCAGGCAUAUCUUUUAGAAAAUCAACGAGGGAAAGAACAGAUUAAACAUCUGGUUAUAAUACAUCUAGUUAAUGAGUGGUAAAUAACAGUUUAGAAGGUAUUGCAUGUAAUAUAACUCUUGUACCUUGCUCUAUUUAACGGAAUCAGAUAUAACCAUUUUUUUGUGA